AUUUGCAACGCCCUCACUCACGGUUUACUGGAAAUGUCAACUUCCAUGCUCUUCUCACGGCCCCUGAACUAGGCAUCCCAUGAUGCAGCAGGAUACGCAGUGUUUUGGAGUAUUUCGUCAGGCUGAUCGGGGCGGAGGCUGUGCGUAGCAAGCGGUUUGUAUUGUAGUGGAGUAUAGCGUCGUGACAAAUAGAGACAAAAUAUAAUCAUAAUAUUACAAAAAUACACAUAAAAAAGCAACAUUUGCUAUGGGGAACUGUCAUACCGUUGGACCAAAUGAAGCCCUGGUUGUUUCAGGUGGCUGCUGUAGUUCUGACAACAAACAGUAUGUGGUGGGAGGAUGGGCCUGGGCCUGGUGGUGCAUUGCAGACACACAGAGAGUGACUCUGGAGGUAAUGACCAUCCUAUGUCGCUGUGAGAAUAUCGAAACCUCGGAGGGUGUCCCCUUGGAUGUGACAGGGGUCGCUCAGGUAAAAAUAAUGACUGACCAGGAGCUGCUAGGAGUUGCUUGUGAACAGUUCUUGGGUAAAAAUGUCCAAGAAAUCAAAGCUGUUGUGUUGCAAACGCUGGAGGGACAUCUUCGUUCAAUUCUGGGCACGCUGACCGUUGAGCAGAUUUAUCAGGACAGAGACCAGUUUGCCAAGCUGGUGCGGGAGGUGGCAGCUCCAGACGUGGGCCGCAUGGGUAUUGAGAUUCUCAGCUUCACCAUCAAGGAUGUCUAUGACAAGGUGGAGUACCUGAGCUCUUUGGGGAAAUCUCAGACCGCUGCUGUGCAGAGAGAUGCAGAUAUUGGUGUGGCCGAGGCUGAGAGGGACGCAGGAAUAAGGGAAGCAGAAUGCAAGAAGGAAAUGAUGGACAUCAAGUUCCAGGCUGACACUAAAAUGGCAGAUUCUAAGCGAGAAUUAGAAAUGCAGAAAGCGUCCUUCAAUCAAGAAGUUAAUACGAAGAAAGCGGAGGCCCAGCUGGCUUACGAGCUGCAAGCAGCGAAGGAACAGCAAAAGAUUCGCCAGGAGGAGAUGGAGAUCGAGGUGGUGCAGCGUAAGAAGCAGAUCACCAUCGAGGAGAAGGAGAUCUCCAGAACAGAGAAGGAGCUCAUCGCCAUGGUCAAGAGACCUGCAGAGGCUGAGGCCUACAAGAUGCAGCAGCUAGCAGAAGGAGAGAAGAUUAAAAAGGUGCUAAUCGCUCAAGCUGAGGCUGAAAAGAUCCGUCGGAUUGGUGAGGCAGAAGCUGCGUCCAUCGAGGCUAUUGGCAAAGCAGAGGCAGAGAAAAUGAAGCUGAAGGCUGAAGCUUAUCAGCAGUACGGAGAUGCAGCCAAGACUGCCCUCGUCUUGGAGGCUCUUCCAAAGAUUGCUGCCAAGAUUGCUGCUCCUCUUGCCAAGAUAGAUGAGAUUGUGAUCCUCAGUGGAGACAGCAGCCGUAUGACUGGAGAGGUUAACCGCUUACUGGCUGAGCUCCCCGUGUCAGUCCACGCUCUCACUGGCGUAGACUUGAUGAAGAUUCCCUUACUCCAGAAAAUGACCAAUCCACAAGCAUGAAAACUCAAAACCAACUAGAGAAUAUGUCUGUUAUGCACUCUCACGUCGACUGCCUUCAAACACUUGAAAAUAGAGUUUUUUCUACAGACAAGUGGUUUUAUUUUUUAUUUUUUUUAAAACCUCUGGUGCCUUAUUUUUUAGGACCAGACUUUAUGCAUGCAACACUUCUCCUUUUUCAUUUUUUUUUUAAAUUAAAUUCAGAUUUAAAUGCUGUUAAAAGCGUGUUCUUUGCAGGGAUCAGAAUACAUGUUAGCCUUCUUCCUUGGUCUACUUCUAACUUCUGCAGCAAUGGAAGAUCAGAGCUGUCAUCUAUUGGUGGAGCAACCAAGGAACCAGGUACAUGUGACUGUUUCAAUCUCUGCUUUUAGCUGUUGUAUAAAAUGUAUCUAGACAACCUUAUCAACCUAUGUUACUGCCAGUUGAAAACUAAAAACGGCAGCAACUACCGCUGAGAAAGCAUGAUUCUACAUUUAAAAAAAAAAAAAAAACAUGGGCAGUGAUUUGUUUAACUUCUGUGGAAGUGGCAUGCUAUUUUGACUCUGUACUGGUGAAAAAACUGGCAGCCUGUUUUAUGAGCCAUUAUUAAUGUUAUUUUUAUGUAUUUUUUAUUAUUAUUAUUAUUAUUGUUUUAUCAGUUUGUAUUUCUUAAGAUUCUGCAGUACCUUUUGAUCCACGUGACACCUGGUGGUUGAAAAACGACACUGCAGCUUUUUUUUAUAUAAACUCAAAAUUGCAUGUGAUACACAGAAACGAUUUCUAAUUUGUAAAUUAACUUAACCUUUUUUUUCUUUCUUUCUUUGUCACGGUUUCAUUAUCACCAUUGUGGAAUUUUUAAAAAAAUUUUAUAUAUAUAUUUUGCUUCCAGAAAUAAAUUAUGUACAGAAGCAGAUUUUUUAAAAGAGGAAUGUCACCCUUAGGAUAGAAGUUUGCUUUGUACAGUGUAUUUUUCUGAAACACAAAAUGGCACUGAAGAUUAUAGGCCACCACAAGGCUUUUGUUUUAAAUCUCUGUGGAAAAAAUCGAUUUGCUGAAACUUAAAAAGACAGUUACAUUAUCAGAAAUAGCAGAGCCAGUCAGUAGAUAUAUCGAUGUGUAAAGCCAUAUCACAAUGUUUCAACGGCCUUAAAGGAGCAGACCAGUGAGUAUGCUGUAAUGUUGCUCAAGCUGCCCUUAUAUCCUGUAUAUUGGUUUGGGUCCCAUAACUGGGAUCACAGUACUACAACUUGACAUGGACAAAAUUUGUAGGGUUUUAACUUUCUAAUCCACUGUUUUAGUGACUUUUUAUCGCUUACAGAGUAUUUAUUAUAGCGUCUUGCAGUAUUUAUAGUGUUCGUGUAGGUGGGAAAACGUUCAAUCAAUACUACAAAUGUUUGUCAUUUUUUACACGGUCGCUUGACCACUUGGUGAGUGCUGCUGACGUGGAAAUACCUUUCAUUGCAAAGCUCUAAUAUUGGACAGGAAUCAAAAGAUGUGCAGUAAGAGUCGAGCACGACCAGCACUUACUGUGUCAGCGUUUACUAAUAAAAACAGCCACCUUUCGUCUGUUUCUCAUAGGGACCACGCAGCGCUUGCUGUCCAGUCUGAUUAGAACUAUUUCUCUACAUUAGUCAUGGUGGCCAGGUGUCUUUAUAAUGAGCCUCUACAUAAACUAUAUACUGCCACUAACGACCGAGGCUGUAGCAUUGGUGUAAGAGUAAAAUAUGUUUUAAACAUUUAUAAAAAAAAUUAUAAUUUGAGUAGUACAUGGGUUAAGACACCAGUGAUUAUUCUGUGACAUAUUCCUUAUCUUCAUAUUCCUCUCAAGGUUUGAACUCCUUGAAAUUAAAAAAGACGAGAACUAUGUAAGCCAAUAGUUUCCGGCGAGCAUCCCAAGGAAGAGGUUAACACUAAAGCAGACCGUGGCCACUAGACUGAUGCUGCAGAGAGGGCUGAUAGGAAUCAUUAGGGGUCAUUCUGUCUUUUGAAUUUAACUUCUUUUUUUCUACCGGUCGUGCUAUAUUAUCUUUUGUAACAUAGCAAUCAAACCGCGGGUCUCAGUUUUUUCAAGUGCCUCGGGAUGAAAAUGAUCUUCUUUUCUAGCCAGGGUUGUUUUACUAUCAAUCUUCCGAAACCGUUGUGCUUUUUAUUAAUCCCUUUUCCUUCUGGCUUUCACACGGGAGAGGAGCAAAACCAAAACAAUCAUGAAAUGAAGAAAAAAAAAACUGAAGCAGUGCGGAAAACUUACAAGUUUGGUAGAAGAAAACUUUGUGCUUGUUUCUAAAUGUGUAUAUAUAUAUUUUUUUUAAACUUGAUUAUCAUAUACUAUACUGCAUAUACUAGUAUAUCGUAUUGUAUUUUGUAAAUCAGUUGUUUAAUCAUCCAGAACCUGUAUUUCACAUGCAAGUGAAUAAUCGCUCACCAUCCACACAUUCUGGCUCUUUUUUUUUUUUUUUUUAAAUCAAUGGCUGAAAUAAUUUUAUUGUAGUUCGCCUUAAGAACGGGUGUCACCUUUUUUUUUUUUUUGCCUUUUAUGUUUUUCAUCUGAUUUGCAGAAAAUAUGCUUUUUACAAGCUUUUCUCAAAAGCGAAUUGAGUAAGGCGAUGGGAUCCUGUUAAAGCGUCCCAUCCAAAAUGUUAUUAGUCUGUAUAGGUGCUUUACUUUAAAGACUCAUUUUUAUUUUGGUUGUGCGCUUGGUUGACCUCAUAUUAGUGCCAAAAACUGACCAAAAUAUAUUCGGAACACAGACUGGACAGUGUCGUUGCUUACAUGUUGAGGGUGGUAUUUAGAGACUCGUGCUUUCCAGAAGGAGCGAGCUGUUCAAUAUAGGAGCUUAAGGAUGUGGAGGAACGACCAUCAGUACAUUUUGUCAAUCACUUCUUUUUUUUUUAAACAAUUAGGCAUAGCAAGGAGUUUGUGUCUGCUUUGCGCACUGAGGUAAUUCUAAAUGUGUAUCAGUGAAGUGAACGCUAUGGAGAAGAAUGUUAUGUACUCAAGUCAUCAUUCUCCUGCAUGUACAUCUAUUUGCUUGUGCCUCUUGUGUUGUUCAUUCAUUGAUUUGUAGCUGUUACCCUGACAUAUUGGAAUGUUACAUAACAUACAUGGAAUAAAUGUUCUGCUAUCA